CUUUCUUACUUUCUUUUCUUUUCUGCCGUUUAAAUGGUAAAAUAAAAGGUCGUUCUUUUUUCAGUUGAUAUUGUUACUAAGAUAUAUAGUACUUCGUUUCUGGGCGAUGGUGAUAUAUACAUGUACAGACAACCUUCCCUCCCUCCAUACAGUUAUGCACACCAUACUUACAUAAACCCAAAGCAACCACAACCAUAAAAGUCCCAGUCAACAACAACUAUCCAUACUGAGACUUUGACCUACUAAUUAGGUACUUAACCCUCCAUACUUACUUUACAUCCUACCCCCCUCACCAUCCCAUCUGGAAACCCUCACCAGAUGCGGGGCUACGAGAGUGAGAAAAACCAACCCCCACUUCUUAUGUUAAACAAGCCAACCAUUCCCCAUCGGCGGAGCAACCCCGGCAACAAUCUGCCUGUCCCUGAUUGGUGGGAAGUCACCCACCCCCUCUCAGGAGGGCAACUUAACUCUUCGCCUGGCCAUGACUCGAUUUACUGUCGGAGGUGGGUAUGUGGUGUCAUGGAUUAUGUAGUGAACUACGUCGGUGGUUACUCAGCUUUUUGGAGGAAAUUUAAAUUUUAUUUUGGAUGGGAGGGGCUAUUAUUAGACUUUUGGGGGGCUUUUUGGAUAUUAUAUUAUUAAUAUAUUAUUAUUAUUAUUUUUUGUGCGAGAAAUGUUGUUUUAUUUCGAGUUAUGUUCAUU